AUGCCGUCUCCCGAGACACACAAUACUAAUCCCUACGUCCAAUAUCCAGACAAUACUAAUCCCUACACCAAAUAUUCAGACAAUACUAAUCCCUACACCAAAUAUUCAGACAAUACUAAUCCCUACACCAAAUAUUCAGACAAUACUAAUCUCUAUGCCAAAUAUCCAGACAAUACUACUCCCUACGUCCAAUAUCUGGACAAUACUAAUCCCUAUGCCAAAUAUCUGGACAAUACUAAUACCUACGUCCAAUAUCCAGACAAUACUAAUCCCUACGUCCAAUAUCCAGACAAUACUAAUCCCUACGUCCAAUAUCCAGACAAUACUAAUACCUACGUCCAAUAUCCAGACAAUACUAAUACCUACGUCCAAUAUCCAGACAAUACUAAUCCCUACACCAAAUAUUCAGACAAUACUAAUCCCUACACCAAAUAUUCAGACAAUACUAAUCCCUACACCAAAUAUUCAGACAAUACUAAUCUCUAUGCCAAAUAUCCAGACAAUACUACUCCCUACGUCCAAUAUCUGGACAAUACUAAUCCCUAUGCCAAAUAUCCAGACAAUACUAAUACCUACGUCCAAUAUCCAGACAAUACUAAUCCCUUCACCAAAUAUCCAGACAAUACUACUCCCUACGUCCAAUAUCUGGACAAUACUAAUCCCUAUGCCAAAUAUCCAGACAAUACUACUCCCUACGUCCAAUAUCUGGACAAUACUAAUCCCCACGUCCAAUAUCCAGACAAUACUAAUCCCUUCACCAAAUAUCCAGACAAUGCCAAUCCCUAUGCCCAAUAUCUGGACAAUACUAAUACCUACGUCCAAUAUCCAGACAAUACUAAUCCCUACGUCCAAUAUCCAGACAAUACUAAUCCCUACGUCCAAUACCCAGACAAUGCCAAUCCCUACGCCCAAUAUCUGGACAAUACUAAUCCCUACGUCCAAUAUCCAGACAAUACUAAUCCCUACGUCCAAUAUCCAAACAAUACUAAUCCCUACGUCCAAUACCCAGACAAUGCCAAUCCCUACGCCCAAUAUCUGGACAAUACUAAUCCCUACGUCCAAUAUCCAGACAAUAUUAAUCCCUACGUCCAAUACCCAGACAAUACUAAUCCCUACGUCCAAUAUCCAAACAAUACUAAUCCCUACGUCCAAUACCCAGACAAUACUAAUCCCUACGUCCAAUAUCCAGACAAUAUUAAUCCCUACACCAAAUAUCCAAACAACACUAAUCCCUACGUCCAAUACCCAGACAAUACUAAUCCCUACGUCCAAUACCCAGACAAUACUAAUUUCUACGUCCAAUAUCCAGACAAUAUUAAUCCCUACGUCCAAUAUCCAGACAAUACUAAUUUCUACGUCCAAUAUCCAGACAAUAUUAAUCCCUACACCAAAUAUCCAAACAAUACUAAUCCCUACGUCCAAUACCCAGACAAUACUAAUUUCUACGUCCAAUAUCCAGACAAUACUAAUCCCUACACCAAAUAUCCAAACAAUACUAAUCCCUACGUCCAAUACCCAGACAAUACUAAUCCCUACGUUCAAUACCCAGACAAUACUAAUCCCUACACCAAAUAUCCAAACAAUACUAAUCCCUACACCAAAUAUCCAAACAAUACUAAUCCCUACACCAAAUAUCCAAACAAUACUAAUCCCUACGUUCAAUAUCCAGACAAUACUAAUUUCUACGUCCAAUAUCCAGACAAUAUUAAUCCCUACACCAAAUAUCCAAACAAUACUAAUCCCUACGUCCAAUAUCCAGACAAUACUAAUCCCUACGUUCAAUACCCAGACAAUACUAAUCCCUACACCAAAUAUCCAAACAAUACUAAUCCCUACACCAAAUAUCCAAACAAUACUAAUCCCUACGUCCAAUACCCAGACAAUACUAAUCCCUACGUUCAAUACCCAGACAAUACUAAUCCCUACGUUCAAUACCCAGACAAUACUAAUCCCUACGUCCAAUAUCCAGACAAUACUAAUCCCUAUGUCCAAUAUCCAAUAUCCGGACAUUAUACUCCAUAUGCCAUCCAGACAAUACAACAAGCCCAAUGCCUAUACAAUACGUAUCUCCAGGUCUAA